AAUUGAGUUGAAUCUAUAUUUUGGACCUCAAUAAGAAACGUUUGAACCCUACCAAUAGUAUUUAGAUGUUUUAAUUAAUUAAAUCUACUUCAAAAACAAUCCAUUAAAGAUGGAAACAUGGAAUCGCCCCAUUAUGCACCCUUACCAACACUAGAGGGAGCCAUUGGAACACAGAGUUACUCGCAUGCAAACACGAUCACGUACACACAUCUUGUCCAGCUCAGCUUGCUGUAACCGGCUGGGAGUCCGUCUCCGAGUUGACACCCUCCCAAAACCUCGGCAGCAGCGAAGCUGCACAGUCGACAUGGCAAGAAAAUAUAGCAACAGUUUUCUACAGAACGAUGAAGUUCUUCCAAUUCUUUUGGAAUAAUACUCAUCACGAGAUGUGAUCCCAUAUCCACAAUGUGUGAAGAGAUUUAAGAACGAUUGAGUUCGGAAAAAAAUUGAUUCCAGUGGAAUCUUUCAUAUAUCUCUAUAUAUAUAAUUAUAUUUUCUUUUUGUGUUAAGUCUUACUCUCAUCCCAUUAACCUUUAACCAUGCCAGUUCAAGCACCACAAUGGACAGAGUUUCUGCUGUGCCCGAUCUGCACACAAACAUUCGAGGAAACUGUCCGAAGGCCGAUCAGCUUGGGCUGUGGACACACUGUCUGCAAGAUGUGCCUGAACAAGCUGCACCGAAAGGCCUGUCCCUUUGACCAGACAGUUAUCAGCACAGACAUUGAGCAGCUACCUGUGAACACAGCGCUGUUGCAGCUGGUGGGAGGCCAGGUUCCAAAGGCUCAGCCAGUUGCCUUGAUUACCAGUCCAGAAGACUCACAGAAUUAUGAGGUGGCCAGGCAGUGUGUGGAGGAGCUGGCCCUUUACCUCAAGCCCCUCAGUAACAACCGAGGUGUGGGUCUGAGCAGUACAGCCCAAAGCAUCCUGAGUCGACCCAUGCAGAGGAAACUGGUAACUCUGGUCCACUGCCAGCUGGUGGAGGAAGAGGGCCGCGUCAGAGCCAUGAGAGCUGCCCGCUCCCUCGGUGAACGAACUGUCACUGAACUCAUCCUGCAGCACCAGAACCCACAGCAGCUCUCUUCCAACCUUUGGGCUGCUGUCCGUGCUCGAGGAUGUCAGUUCUUAGGUCCAGCAAUGCAAGAGGAAGCUCUUAAGUUGGUCCUCCUUGCUUUAGAAGACGGUUCUGCUUUGUCCAGGAAAGUGUUGGUUCUUUUUGUGGUCCAGAGGCUGGAACCACGCUUCCCUCAGGCCUCUAAAACUAGCAUAGGCCACGUGGUGCAGCUCCUCUACAGGGCUUCCUGCUUUAAGGUCACCAAACGUGAUGAAGAUUCGUCUUUGAUGCAGCUGAAGGAAGAGUUUCGUACUUACGAGGCUCUAAGACGUGAGCAUGACUCUCAGAUCGUGCAGAUAGCCAUGGAAGGUGGAUUACGCAUAGCACCUGACCAGUGGUCUUCUCUGUUAUAUGGAGAUCAAUCUCACAAGUCUCACAUGCAGUCUAUAAUAGAUAAGCUGCAGACCCCAGCAUCUUUCGCCCAAAGUGUCCAGGAGUUGACAAUUGCACUGCAGAGGACCGGAGACCCAGCCAACCUGAACAGGCUGCGGCCCCACUUGGAACUACUGGCAAACAUCGACCCCAGUCCAGACGCUCCUCCUCCUACGUGGGAGCAGCUUGAGAAAGGGUUGGUAGCAGUGAAAACGGUGGUACACGGCCUAGUUGACUUUAUCCAGAACCACAGCAAGAAAGGAGCUGACCCUCAACAGCCUCCUCAGCACAGCAAAUACAAGACCUACAUGUGUCGUGACAUGAAGCAGAAGGGAGGCUGUCCUCGUGGAGCCAGCUGCACCUUUGCUCAUUCUCAGGAAGAACUGGAGAAGUAUCGUAAGAUGAAUAAGCGUCUGGCAGCCCGCUCAGGUGUGCUUCUGCCAGAGGAGGGGAUCCCCCUGGAAGCAGGUGUGACCCGGAAGCCCUCUCCCCUCACCAAUGGCAGCGGGACACCAAAUUUACCCCAACUUAUCCCUCGUUGCACCGACACUGUCCCAUAUAAGAUUUUGACUGAUCCCAUGAAGAUGGAUGGAAGAGGUUCAAACGCUCCAGGAUCACCACCGGAUCCCCUGGGCCAUGGACCAAAAAGUCACAUGCCUAUCCCACCUCAUGCCAUGGGCCACCCACGGAUGCCAGCAGAUCACCUCUCAACAGUGAAGCAUAUGUCUGGGGUACCCAGAGGUUCACCGGUGUAUCCUCAGCGACACCCUGACCUGUGCUAUGACUCUCGCCCACCACCUGCCUCUCAGUAUGAGCCCCCUCAGUACCCCCCGGGUUACCCAUACCAACCUUCGCCCCAGUAUGUUCAUGGGGAGUUCAUGCGUAACCCUCCUCCCCCAAGUGAGUCAGGACUGCCUUACCAAGACCCCUAUGCUAACUACAACCACCAAGAGCAUAACUACCAGGCCCCUCACUCCAGCCAGCAUUUCCCGUAUCCCCACCCUCCCUAUGACCGAAAUCCCCCGGGCUCCUACAGCCGCCCACCACAACCCCCACAGCCUUAUCCGUCUCAGAGGGACGACCAUGUGAGAAUUCAGAGUCCAGUCCCUCUAGACGUUCCCCCGCCCGCAGCAGGACAGGCUGGCUCCCUCUACCACCAAGAGACAAGUGCCCGCGAUCGCUACCCACCGGACGGCUACUAUGCACCAGGAGCCCAGCCUCCAUCAAUGAGGCCUUUUGUCAAGCAGUCACAGCCCAGCCUUGACUACCUGCAUCAACGUCGGCGGGAGCUGCUAUCACAGCUUGAGGAAAGGAAAGUCAUCUCCCCGCCGCCAUUCGCCCCCUCGCCCACUCUCUCCCACACCUUCCCCAGCGAUUACCCCUCUGAGUGUUUGCACGGUGAUGAUGGCUCCAAACCGAUGAUGAAAUUCAGAGAGCCCGACUAUGCGGGCCAGUACUCCCCUUGGUCCUGUGAAACUAUUGGUUCAUACAUUGGUACAAAGGAUGCCAAACCCAAAGAUGUUAUGGUUACUGUUCCUAUGGACAUGAUGAAUGUGGACGCGAAGGGUUCAAGAGAUCUAUCCUUAGAUGUUCCACGGAGGGGCACAGAAGUGAAAGAUGACGACCCCAUUAUCCCGUUUGGACCCCAGCCCACUGUGUCGCGCUUUGGUGCCAUCUCUCGCACUUCAAAGACAGGCUACCAGACCAAUUUCCCUGUGCAGACAAUGCCCUCCGCCCCUCAGAACCCCAGCUCUAAACACAUGGCUAUGUCAGCAGAAUACUCGUACGGAAGUCAUGGCGCAUGGAGUGGGCCUUCAUACCCCUCUCAACAAACCCCCUCCUCUCAGGGACAUUUCAGUGACCGCCUUGCCCCUGACAGAGAACAGUUAAAGAUUGAGCUGCAGCAGGUUAACCAGCAGAUCACCCAACAGACUCAGUUGCACAAUAUGGAGGCUGCCAGUAACUCUCUACUUAUGCAGAGGGAAGCUGGUCAGAAUGCACAGCCCAGCCAGGGCCAGACAGCAAUGCCUACACAACAGCAACAGCCCAAGUGGCCAGCAGGGGGAGCUAGUGCAGCAGCCGUCUCCAGUGAACAGCUCAGCCUGGAGCUCCACCAAGUGGAGAGAGAAAUUGGCAUGAGAACCCGUGAGAUGGCUAUGCAGGAAAACCAAGUAAGCCAUGAUGUUCAACAGUACAAGAUGAAGCCUGCAGAGAACGGACAACCGGAGCACAAGGCUCAGCUGGAGGACAUUUCCCUGGGUCUUGGCGAGGUGUCCAAUGGUUCCAGCAAUCUGCAAGAAAGUGCAAUGGGCGGGUCCAUGCUGGCGCUGACAAACAAGACUUCUGCUUUGAGCCUGUGUUCUGAUCCAGAUGCUGCUGGUUCAGAAAUGCAGAAAAAUGGUGUCCAUUCAUGCUCUUAAGAAGUACUCAUCUCCACACACAUGCAGAUUUUAUGAACACACAAAAGUCAAUUAAAAAGCAGGACACACACAACCGUUCUAUUUAGAAGAUGAGCAGUAUCUGCCGUGAAGAAUUUUCUUUUUUUUUGUUCUGUGAAUGAGCUUUUUUUAAUGACUUUCCUUGCCUGGAAACCAGAGCAUAUGAUAACAUUUGUGUAUGUUAUUUUUUCUUUAAUUGUUUUGUAUUGGGAUUAGAUCAGCAAAGCUUGCGAUUGAUAUAUACAAGAAGAAAAAAAAAAUGAUGGUGAUGUUGACAGUUGUUAAAGUAGAAACGGCCAUUGUAUUUUUGAAACACAACAGACGAGGCAAAGUUUUAGACUUCAUUAGUUUGGUUUGGGUUAGACGCUUUCCUGUGAGUGACCAGUUAAAUGUAGCGAUUCACAAGUUAACUAGCAUUGUCCUGUCACGUGCUCGGAGGAACCGUCACAUGAUCUACAAAGGUAUUCUAGGAAUGAACAGACAUCCAUGGCUGGGUACUCGCCCCCAAAAUCGUUAAGAGGUUCUCCAGACGUAGAUUUCUGAGGAGGGAAACAUCAUCCAGACUGUACCACUUACAUGUUUUUUUGGGGGGGGGUCUUAAAGGUUGUACUUUAUUUCUCACAUGCAAAAUCUUUUAAUUAUUCCUGCAUUUUUAUAAAAACACAAUAUCUGUUCUUAUUUAGGACAUUAAAUGAAAGCAUUCUGUUUUAAAGAUUGCGGCAAAAACAAUAAAAUGCCAUCUUAAUUGUUUUUUUUUUUGUAAAAGAAUUCUUGGAGCUCAGGUGGAGCACUCUGCUGGUCUGUAGUUGAAUUCCUCACCCCUCGGUAGGUCACGUGUCCUCGGGCAAUGCACUGAAUUUCACUUGCCCUCAAUGUUAGGCGGGAGAGAAAAAAACACUCAAUUAGUUUAAAGAAAAAGAAGUGCCUCAUGCAAAAAAAAAAAAAAAUAAAUGAAAUUAAAAAUGUUUUAAUGGGUCAUCAGAAGCUUCAAAAUCAUAAAUUUUUGUUUUCACCGGUUUAAAUUCUCACUCUAUUACAGGAUUUUUACAUUUUUGUUUACUAAAUGUGCAUUUUCAGGGUUAAAAACCUCCAAUAGUCGAUCAUUUCCCUCCUCAGAGCGUCUAAUCUGGCCACAUGAAAAGCCUCCCCAUUGGGAUCAUCUUGUCAUAUGUUCUCCUAACUUCUAUGAAGUUGCCUUUAUUGGUGUUGCAUUGUUUAAAACUUCAUUAUUUUUUGUCUUGUGUUUUACAUGAUUAAGAUUUUGGGCGGUGCAGAUAACCACAUUCAAGCGUUUUUUUCUGUUUGCAGCUGGAAGAAAAAAAAAAAGACAGAUCUUCAAAAAGCUCCGUGCGUUUAUUGUAGUUCUUUAAAUGUCAAAACCAUUUAUUUAUACAAAACCUUUUUGUGUAACGUGCUGUCACCAUCACCAUCAUUACUUAUUGCUCUUUCUCCAUUAAAUAUAAAUUGUUUACUGCCGAUGCUCAACAUGGAGCUCUUUGCCUUUUUGUAAACAGUUAGAAACCUGCUGAGAGCAAAGCAGUCUUUGGGAUGAAACGGUUAAAAGAUAGACUCUGUAAUUUGGUCAAACAAGGGGCCCUCAGAAACGGACUUUUUUUAUAUAUAUAAACCCCCAUUAACUAAUGAGCACAUUUUAAUAGACACAAAUCUUUUUGUGUCUGUCGUGCUCAUCGGUUCUUGAUGGGAGCCAACUUUUCAGCAUCAUGAUGGCAAAUUUUUACUUUUUUUCCCCCAUCUACUCUUAAAGCCUUUGGCUGCUCUUGCUACAUUUUUUAGGUACACAGCUCACUUAUACAUACAAGUAUGUAUUCAUACAUUAAUAUACUAAAGCACUAUUAACGUGCCACCUCUUACUCUACUUGCUCAGCAUUUAUAUUAAAUGAUCUCUACUUAGAAUCCUUUUUUUUUUGUUUCUUUUUUGCCGUGUGCGUGUUUGUAUUCUGUCCAGUGGUUGCCAGCACAGACUUUAUCCUUUUCAAGAUGAAGGACCUCUGUGUUUAUUGAUGGUUGUUCACUUAAUCUUUUGUGUUCAAACAAAGAUGUUCUUUAUAGGCUAUGAUUUCAAAGACGACAAAAAUCUGUAACUUCAGAAAAUUUAAAUGGAAAUAUCUUGUGUGUGCUAGACUGUAUUGUAGAAAUUGUACCCUGAUUCAGCUUUUUUUUAUUUUAUUUUUUUUAAUUUCCUUAACUCCCAUGAAAGUGUGCUGUACCAGUUGAUAGUGUUGAGGAUAUAGAACAGUGUUGGGGGUUGCCAGUCACUGCCUCAAAAAAGGAAAGGUAAAUCUGACCUUUUUAUUGCUUUAUUCCAUUGUUUCUGCUUUUGGAGCGUAAAAUCCCACAAAUCCAAACGUACGAGUUACAUAGAUGGACUCAAAAAGAUCCCAGUCUUGUCCUCCUUUCAAAAAAAAUCCCCAAACUGAAAUGGCAACAAUACUUUUUUGUGAAUUUUUGUUUUCUGCUUGUUUUGCAAUAGUUGAGUAAAUUUACUGACCUGCAAGUCUUAAUGCAUCGUCAGAUUUUAUUCGACAGCUUUAAGAGUGACUUGAGUGAGGCAAACUGCUUAAGGUGUUGUUUUUUAUUUUAUUUUUUUUAUAGGUAGUUGCUUAAAAUGAUUCUACCAAAACUUACCAUAAAAUAUAAUUUAAGGAAUAGGGCUUUAUUAUAAAUUGGCUAAAUUAAUUUAUGAUAACUUAAAUACGAGUCAACCCCAACUACAGAAAAGCUGAUUACAUGUCUAAGUACUAAAAUUCCUUUAGGAGAAUCUCCUCACAGUAACGUACAGGGAUGUUUACUACAACUGUGUGAAGAGAGUGAGAUCUUAAAUUAAAACCAGCUUCAAAUGACCUGAGGGAUCGCUAUUUACCUGCUUAGAAAGGUGCAAAAGCUGUGUACAGUGGUGCAUAGAAAUACUUUUAGCACAGACUCAUCUGAAGUUGUACACGCAUCAUUUUGGUUCUUGAAAAGAUAGAAAGACGUACUUUAAUUUCCACAGGGCUGCAUGGCGUCAAUGAGAAAAAGGAUCUGUGUUCCAGUCUUGUUUGUUUCUGAGUGGAACUGCGGCCUACACCUCUUCCAGACAGUCAACCCCCCCUUACCCCCCCCACACCUUUGACCACUGACCUCUGUUACUGCUGUUUAAGGCUCACAACGUUUUCCCAGACUUCCUGGGGAAAAUUCACAAAUGGCUUUUUAUAUGAUGAAUCCCUUGUAAAAUAUCUCUUAAAUUAAGGUACAGGUUUGAUUUCAACAAGAAAAAAAAAGUUUUUAUAUGUAUAUUAUACUCCAUUAAGGAAUGUCUAGAAUUAUCUUCCUCCAAUGUGGAUGUAGCCAUUAUAAUGCCAUUUUAUGACUUUGUAAGAGAAUUCACUGUGUGAAAAUUGGUUUGCAUUUUUGUAUAAUACAAUCUGCUUUUUUGUUUUGUUUGAUAUGAGAGGGAGGUCAAACUGGAUGUUUUAUUAGAGGAAAAAAAGAUCCUGUUAAAUUGAGUAAACACAAUGUAAAGUAUGUGCAACAGUGAUUCUAAGCUGAGGGAAAAGAAUAAAUGAUAUUGCUAACUCUUGA